AUGGAGGCCCGGACGAUCCGGACAGCCUUCACGGCAGCCGAUCUCCAAGCUGGUAGGGUAUCGCCUCCCACACUGCCUCAUCCCCUCCCCCAGCUGGAACUCAAAGUUAUCUUAUCUGCUUCGAUUCAUCCAUUAUCGACUAUUGCGCUCCCUAAGAUAGAGAGAUCGAUAUUUGCGACACCUCUCGAAGACGCGGGGGCGACGAUGAAGACAGAGAUGCAAUCAGGAAGGGGAGAGGGUUCGCUGUUUAGGAUCUCCCUCGAGAGGGGUGUUACCAUUGUGUCCUCGCUGGGGGAGAUGAUAGAGUAUAG